AAAAGCUUUUCCUUUUUAUUUAAACCUUCUCAUCUCUCUAUCUUCUGCCUUGUUUCUGAUACUGAGGAGUCUCAUGUUGCUUUUCCCUAUUGCAGUGGGGUGUGGAACGUGCCCUAUAUCUCUCAGGCCUAUCUGUUGAAAGGGGAGACGUUAAGGCAGGAUUUGCCCAAACGCAAUAUUUUCACCUUGGAUGACACGGAUCCAGAUAUGGCCUUUUGUAAGAGCGUGCGGGAGAAGGGCAUUUUUCUCCAUAUUAGUAAUCGGGAUGAUUUUGGACGUCUCCUUUCCACCACUAGAUACAACAUCUCCCGUCUCCAUCCUGAGCUCUGGCAGAUCUCUGAGAAUCCCUUGGACUGGCAGGACAAAUAUAUCCACGAGAACUACUCACAAGUGCUUGAGGGAGAAUUUUUCGAACAGCCUUGCCCUGAUGUUUACUGGUUUCCGGUGUUCACUGACCAGAUGUGUGACGAGUUGGUGGAAGAGGUGGAAGGCUACGGCCAGUGGUCUGGAGGAAGGCAUGAGGACAGUCGGCUGGUUGGCGGCUACGAGAACGUUCCCACUGUUGAUAUUCACAUGAACCAAAUUGGCUUUGAGAAGGAGUGGCUGCAGUUCUUGCGGGACUACAUUGCACCGGUCACAGAGAAGUUCUAUCCUGGCUACCACACCAAGGCUCGUGCAAUCAUGAACUUCAUGGUCCGAUACCGUCCAGACGAGCAGCCUUCGCUUCGCCCCCAUCAUGAUUCCUCCACUUUCACCAUCAACGUUGCUCUUAACCAUAAAGGGAUAGAUUAUGAGGGAGGCGGCUGCCGAUUUAUCCGCUACAAUUGCAAAGUGGAAUCUCCCCGCAAGGGCUGGAGCCUGCUCCACCCAGGACGUCUCACCCACUAUCAUGAAGGCUUACCUACAACUCAGGGCACACGCUACAUCAUGGUUUCCUUUGUGGACCCCUAACGCUGGGACCCCUGGCUCCCCCCCUCCAGCCCCGGAUCAUCGAGGGCACCAUGGCGGCCAGUGCACAGGAGAGGUGCAGAAAGCGGAGGGGGGACCCUCUCUUCAGCUUCGUUGCCACUAAGUGCCUUCAAAAGCAGAGAAAGGGGUGACUGGUUUCCAAGCCAAAUGGACUCCACUAUUGCUCAGCCUUUAAUCUUUGGUCACCACUAGCAUCAGGAGCCACUGUCACUUCCUUCCAUCAUCUCCCUUUGCCCCAAGAUUGGAGAAACGCAGCGGCAAUUCUAUUCUUCUCUUUGGCCGGUUGUCACUUGACCAGGAUGUGCUCCAAGGCCUGUCCCCGUUCCCUGUGGCUCAGCCUCCAAAGAAUCCUCACCACGUUAAAGAUGAUCAGAAUUGUUGAGCUAAGUUUCUCCACAGGAUGGAAACAAACCUGAUUUGUUCCCAGCCCUCCCCAAGUUCCAUCUCUUCUGCUCCUGAUUUUCUUCCAAACCCCUCCUUGGGCUACAGUCUGCCUGUGAGCCAGGUUCUUUCCAAAACCAAUUUUGGCAGUGCAGGGCCCAAGAUCUGGGUGUUUGUGAAACAAUAAGGGUGCUUCACCCCCACGCUCGCGCACGAGAAGAGCAGGAAGAGGAUGGAAGUUCUCUCCUGGGAGGCCUUGUGGUCUCCUUCUUUGUUUACAAACACACACCGGAAAGUCAAAGGGGGCAAUGAAGGAAGAGGACAAAUGAGAGGUAUAACUGGUGUCUUUGCUCUUCCUUCACUCCUGGUGCUGGAAGGAGCUUCUCUACAGCUUGCCCCUUGAAGCAAAUGGGACUGGCAAGAGGGAGGGAGGAGGACAUGGAAGACUAACUGCAGUUACAAAUCCCACCCCCCCAAGCUCUCAAUGCAUUUUCAAAUUCUUAAGAAUGUUAAGUACUGUAACGGGAGUAGAGACACCACUCACAUCUUAUUUUCCAGUGCUGGGUAGAACCCCAGGGCUAAAAAUCUUUCUGUCAUGCUACAUAAAGGGUGGCUUGGAUCUUUUCAGUAGCUGGGGAUCUCUCUUCUGAGAUGGCUUCUUUCCAUUCCUUGAGCCACGAGGCUCUCUGUGGGAGCUCACAGCCUUCUGCAGCCUCCCACAAUACUGUGAGCCGUCGGCUAUUGGUCUGUGCAGACGGAGGGGUGGAAGUGUGCUAGCUGUGUUGUGUACGAAGCAUGCUUUAAAUUAUUUCCUGUUUGACAGCACACUAAAUAAAGCUCCAUUUUAAAAGA